GCGGUAAAACUGUAAAAACUCCACUUCCCAUGAUUCUCUGCUGUCAUGUGGGCGAAGGAAGCUAAACCGAUGAAGAGGGCUAGUUGCCUUUACUUGAUUAAAUCUUGAUUCUAUCAAAUGAAUACCGCCGUUUAAUUAUUAGUAAAAUAUCUCAGUGAUUGGAAAACUUUUUUGUUAUCCAACGUACGUGCGUAGCUUGGACGCACUGUUGUUGUCAAGCAGGAAUCACCUAAAAUAAGUGAGGAUACCCAGUGAAUGCCCAAGACUGCGAAAGAGAAACAAUGGUGUUUGAGCUGCCAACCCACUGAGCUCUCCGAGAGAAGACAUCUGAUGAAAAAUUACUGCAACGUUACAGAUUCUGGCAUGGAAGACAAGGCAAAUGGCUCUGUUGACACCAAAAGCCCAGUGGAGAACGGCCAGCUGCCGGACCCCGCCAACUGGGGGGUCGCCGACGUCGUCGAUUACUUCAAAGCAACAGGGUUUGAGGAGCAAGCCACUGCUUUUCAGGAUCAGGAAAUCGAUGGCAAGUCCCUGUUGCUAAUGACGCGCAACGACGUCCUGACGGGACUGUCGAUAAAACUCGGCCCUGCGCUGAAAAUCUACGAGUACCACGUGAAGCCGCUGCAAACUCAACACCUCAAGAGCAACGCCUCGUAGCGCCGCAGGCCAUCCCAGCACCCGCCUCAGUGACAAUCAUCGUGUCAGGAGACCCCAGGUUAGCUGCCACUCCGCAAAGACUCCUCUGGCCACAGUGGCACCUUAACACAAUUUGAAUGCUGUAUGUUUUUACAAGCGUGGACUCCAAAAAUGGGUUGCACAUGGAGCACCCUCAACUGUUUACCCUUUUCAUCCAUUCUUAUUUUCGCUGCUUGAGAUACUGUAUGUAUUUUAACUUUUGUGUGUUUUUUUAUGUGAAAGAAGGUCAUUUUGGGCAAAUACUGUGCAGGAAGGAUUUUUGUGAGUGUGAGUGUGAGUGUGUGUGUGUGUGUGUGUGUGUGUGUGUGUGUGUGUGUG